GAUGUACAAUAAAAGCCGAGCAGGUAACUUACCGGCGUCCAGGUGUUUAUUUACAUCUUUUCAAGAAAACGUUAAAAUAUCAGUGAUCAGGUGACUAGCGUCUUUCACCCGGAAGUUGUUGCUCAGAGGUCACCAUGGGGAGCAGCGUUAGUAGAAGCGGAAUGGCUGCCGCUCGGGCCGUGCAGGCUGUGCGACCUCACGUCCCCUUAAUUACCUUUCCUAAUCGACAGGGUCUGGCCAAGCCAAAUGUACAAGAAGCACUAAAACUACUCGUAGCUAGCAUGCCACAGACGUCGACCCCUUCUGCACCGGCGCAAGCAGCCACAGGGGUGGGCAGGACCACUGGAGCAGCUGAGUGGCUCUCUGGCUCACCAGACAGCGUCGCUGUCAUUAAACAGCUUCCACAGAAAUAUCGCAGGCGGGCCUUGCUGCCAGAAGAAAUGGACUACAUUCAGCGUGGUGGACCUGAGUGAUGGUGGGCCAGUGUGUCUAACUCAAGACUCUGUGGAAAAGGUGCUGGUUGUUGCCUAAUGUUUUUCCUCAGAAAGAGGAUUUGCCAGAUUUCACUUUAAGGAAUGAAUAAGUUAUUAUUGAAUGUAAAUAGAGAUUAUUUUUAAACACAAUUGUACAAAGUGUGUGUCCUCUUACUCAAGAAAUUCACAUGCUGUUAACAGCUUGUCCUGUUCACAUUUAACAUUGCAUUCAUUAGGCCAGGCAGUCCAAGGUAGACUGCUCAGUGCCCAUGUCUGUAGUCCACUCUGUCUCCCAGGACAUGUGCUAUUACCCUUGAUUGGACCCUUUCAUUUUCACUUUGGCCCAAGGAGGCUCUCCCACUAUGCUGAUACUCUGUAGUCUGGAGAUGGAUUCUGCAGGUCAUUAGAUCUUUAAUAACGUUGGCCUGUGUCUUUUGCUAAUCAUAUAACUGUUUGAGACUGUGUAAAGUACUCAAAUUCAUGCAUAAGUACUUCAAUAAAAAGGGGUAUUGUUAUAAACA